AUGAAGAACCUAGUGAAUAUUUCCUUUUAUUUACUAGUUUUUAAUUUGUGCAUCUUCCUAAUAAGUGCGAAAGCAGAAAACAAUAAUCCAAACACACCCGAUGUAGCAACUAAAAAAACAAAUUUAAGACAUAACAAUGAAAAUACCGACAAUUUAGAAAAUAAACAAGCAGAAAUUUUGACUAACCAAAAAAAUGAUUCGAAUAAGGGUUCAAUGAGCAUGGACGAAACAGAGAGUGUUAACAAAGGUGAAAGUAGCAACAAUGAUUUGAAUAAUAAGGAAAAUAGUACUGCCAUUGAGACCCUUGUAGCACAAAAUGCUGCAAGUGAUGGUCAAGAAAAUAAAGAGACUCUAUCACAAGAAAAUGCAAAAUUAGAAUCCAUAACCCAAAUUGAUAAAGGAAACAAUGAAGAAAAAAAGAUAGUUCAAAAGGGUAAUGAUGUCCAAACGAAUUCUCCAAAUGAGAUAGACAUAAAGGAUAACAAUGCAGGAGAAGGAGAGAAAGAUAAAACUGUGAAAAAUGAAGAAGUAAAAAAAGUAGAACAAGUAGUGACAUCACUUGAAAAAGGUACAAAUAUCCCCAUAGGACAUCAUCCAUAUAAUAAGGAAGGAGAAAUAAAUCUACAGAAUGCAAAUCAGGGGGAUGAAAAUAUCAAUUUGAAUCAUCCAAAGAAAAUGAUACCUUUGGAUAAAACGAACAAUCAUUCUGCAGAUAAAUCAGAAACUGUGAAUUCACAAGUAAUUAAUCCAGAUGUAUCAGAGAAGGAGAAAACAAUUCAACGAGAUGGAGCAAUAAUUCAGUUGAGUGCCAAAUUAACAGGUGCAGGAGAAAAAAAUGCGUCACGUGAUGUAGAGGUGUCAGAUUACUCGAAAGAUGUAGAACCCAUAGAUGGAGCUGAACAACAAAUCGUGCAUGAGAAUUCACACAAAUCAAAUGUUUUACACGGAUCAGAAGCUGCUCCAAAAUAUGAAAAUGCAGAAAGGUACGAUAUUGGAAACGCGGGAAAUAAAACAUUAAAGGAGGAAAAACACUUUCCAAAUGGAAAAGAAGAAUCGAGAAAAAAUGAAGAUGAAAAUAAAAAUGAUACACAAGCAAAAAAAAAUGAAUUAAAGCCAUGGCGUAAGAAAAUAGAUUUUGAAUGCUUCGUAGAAAACGUCAAAAAUAAUGAAAAUAUACAAAAUAUGCAAAAAAAUUUGGUAACGUUUUUACUCAAUACAUAUGAUGACUUUCUUGUGUUUGUUGAUAAAGUUGUGUUUUUCACGAAUGAUGUUGUUGAGAUCCUUCAGAACUUAUGA